AUGAGAAGCUCUUAUUUCGAUGAUCUUGCGGCGCCCUUUGAGGCCGACCGGCUUAUCGAAAUUCGCACGUCUGGAAUGAAGCAAAUGCCGGGUUUGGCCAUCAUGUCGGGCAUUGACAAGGAGCUCCGCACUGUCUCGAUGAAAGUCGAUAAGCUGGGACUGGAAGGGGAUGAGCACGAUCUUACAUUUCAUGGCGGCGUGGACAAGGCAAUUCUUGGAUACUGCUCCUCGCAUUAUCCAUCCUGGCAGGAAUCUUAUCCCGAACGUGUCGACAAAUUCGUCCCGGGAGGCUUCGGAGAGAACUUUGUCACAGCGCACAUGAACGAGCGAAAUGUCUGUAUAGGAGACGUUAUAUCUGUUGGUCCCGAAGUGGUCCUCCAGGUAUCGCUCCCGCGGCAACCGUGUUUCAAGCUCAACCACCGCUUUUCAUUGAAGAACUUCGCCCCUGAAACUUACAAGACUAGUCGCACCGGAUGGUACUAUCGGGUCCUCCGUGGGGGCAACGUUAGCACUGGCGACGAGCUGAAGCUGGUUGAGAGGAAAUGGCCAGAGUGGACAAUUGAGCGCGUGCAGGAAUAUCUCCAUCGCGUAACUGACAAUGAUGAGAUGAAUGAGAAGCUGGCAGAAGUGGAGGCUCUGGGCAACGAGGCCCGCGGUCAAUUCAAGAAACGCGUGGCCAAGGCACAAAAACGGAAGCAGCAGAAGAAAGAAGAUCCCUGGGAGGCUUACAAAGUGGUCAGCCGGAAGAUGGAGACACCAAGGACGGUUUCGCUGGUCAUUGAGGCAGCUCCUAACCCCCAGUCUGAGGGCUUUCCAUCGGCGGCUCAUGCCAAACUGAGACUCGCCAACGGACUUGUGAGGACGUAUUCCGUCGUGUCAAAUAGCGGCAAGAAAACCGAAUCGGCCAGAAGAUUGGAGUUUGGUAUUGCUCUCGACGAAAAUAGCCGAGGCGGCUCGCGUUAUAUCCACGAGUCUGUCAAAGUCGGAGACAGCAUUGAAGUGGGUGGUGUGACGAGCGAUGUCAACGGACCAGUCAGUGCAGCAAGCAACCACGUUUUUAUAGCGGGAGGGAUCGGCAUCACGGCCUUUUUGGAACUCAUGAAGAUGUACGACUCUAUUAACUGGAGCUUUCAACUUCAUUAUGCAGUACGAUCCUCGGAUGAUGUGCCUUUUCGCGAACAACUGGAGUCGUAUGGAGAGAGAGUCAUAAUAUAUGACAAGUCGAAAGACCAGCGGAUGGAUAUCAAGAACAUCAUGAAGACCAUGCCCUGGAACAGCUUCCUGUACGUCUGCGGACCCAACCGUAUGAUGGAAGCAGCCAAAGCUGCCGCCGAAGAGGCUUCCAUCCCUCCCCAAGAGAUACACUUUGAGGCCUUUUCCGCCGACACGACCGGAGAUCCUUUCGAAGUAGAAGUUGUGAAUAGGAAGAACAAGGUUGUCAAAGUGGGUGAAGAGGAGAGCCUCUUGGAAGUCCUUCAGCGCGAAUUUGGAGAUAUUCCCUCGAGUUGCGAGGUGGGUAACUGCGGUACCUGCAAGGUUACUAUCAAGAGCGGAGAGGUGAUUCAUCGAGGUUCGGCACUCAUGCCGGAUGAGAAAGAAUCUUAUGUCGGGAAGGGUGUCUUCGUGUAA